GGCGGAGAAUUGAGGUGCAUUGACAGUUUUUGUAUAAGGCGUAUUUGUAUUUUUUCACUCACUUUCAAUUUUAUUGAGAAAAUUCAUUAAUCCAGAGUAAGGAUACGAUCAAAUUUGUGUAAAAUUGCAUGUAGUUGGUGACGGAUCAGAGUAAUGUGGUGUUUUUCCUCUGGCCAAACUAAUAACCCAGAACCGAUGGCGGCGAUCCGCAAGAAGUUGGUAAUCGUCGGAGAUGGAGCAUGUGGUAAAACUUGCCUCCUGAUUGUGUUCAGCAAAGAUCAGUUCCCGGAGGUGUACGUGCCGACAGUUUUCGAGAACUACGUUGCAGACAUCGAAGUAGAUGGUAAACAGGUCGAACUCGCCUUAUGGGACACGGCUGGACAGGAGGACUACGACCGAUUGAGACCUCUUAGUUAUCCAGAUACAGAUGUCAUCCUGAUGUGUUUUUCAGUUGAUUCUCCGGACUCUCUGGAGAACAUCCCAGAGAAGUGGACACCCGAAGUGAAACAUUUUUGCCCAAAUGUUCCCAUUAUUUUAGUCGGUAACAAGAAAGAUCUUAGAAAUGAUCCUAACACAAUUAAGGAAUUGGCUAAAAUGAAGCAGGAACCGGUGAAACCACAAGAAGGACGUGCAAUGGCUGAGAAGAUAAAUGCGUUCGCUUACUUAGAGUGUUCAGCAAAAUCAAAAGAGGGUGUUCGCGAGGUGUUUGAGACAGCCACCCGAGCCGCUUUGCAAGUGAAAAAGAAGAAGAAAGCUAGAUGCCUUUUGCUCUAAGAAUUGAAAGAAGAACAGAAAAAAUAUCAGCUGAUGAAGGAACUCUUUUUUCUUGAUGAAAGAUGUCAAAGUUACACAGAAAAAAGGAAAUAUUUACAUAUAAUUUGCUGAAUUUGAAAAGAUAUGAAACAUUUUGAAGAAAAAAAUAUUUAUAAAAGAGGUGAAGAGCGAGAAAGAGAGAGAGAGAGAGAAGAGAGAUAGAAGCAUCAUAAUACUUUCUAUAUAACAUUUGAGAUUUUUCAUGUAAAAUUUGAGGAGAGAUCAUUCAUUGAUAUAUGAAGAUGUCUAGCUGAAUCUUCCUUUUAUCAUUAUAAUCUACGGAGUGGUAAUAUUUCGAAAGUGAGUAUUGGCGUUUGCUUGAGUGGAUUUCUCGAAAACUAAGUUUGCUUGCUUAGCAAGGCAAAGGAUGUGCUUAGAUUUCGAGAGAUGGCUAUCGCAAGAGAAACUGCAUUUCUUCCCAAUAGCAUUUUUUCAAAGCUGUUCUUUUUUAAAGUUUGUGUCAAAGAAUAAAUUCCUGAUGAAAUGAUUUAAUGUUUUUUGCAUCUGCAGGUAAAUUACAACUUGAGUAUGAUUUGCGAUUGUACAUAAUAAUUCAACUGCAGCAAUUGAUCCAAUUUAUUGAAUUGUUAAACUCGGUGGACAGGAUUGAAUUUUGCAAAGAUCACAAGAGACACAUUUUUGUCAAUAUCAAAUCUUGAUAAGCUGAUGAGAAAAAAAAGAAUAACAUUCUAAUACAAUAUUAUAUUAUAAACUCAGAAUGAAAAGGAAACUUACUGUAUAUAUACAUACAUAAUUACUUUAAGCCAACACAGAGUUUUCAAAAUGAAUGGAAAUAUAAUGUUUCAAAUUUAAAUAAAAUAAUCCUCGUUCCAAAAAAACAAAA